GUCAACCACGCGGGCAACAAUUACAACCUAACCGGGCUCGGCCCCCACUCACCCGUUCUUAGUUAUCUUGGUCCCUCCGCUCUCCAACGCCGCGCCAUCGCCGACGACGCCGACCGCCGGCGACGCUUUCCUCUUUCUCCCCCGCCUUCUUCGCCCCUUAAACUACUGCCGAGUCGCCCUUUCCUUUUCCCACCACGUGCCGCUCCGAUCCACCCUCGCCCUCUCGAUCCCCACAUAUCGCGCCCGAUAUCCAUCUUUCUCCUCUCGAUCCGACCAAGAAAAGCCAAGAAAAGCAAAGAAAACCCUUGCCGAUCGCUCCCACAUUUCCGGGUUCUCCUCUCCCUCUACGCCCCCUUCCGAUUGAUCGACCCACUUCUUCCCUAAGGGAAGAGGGGGCGAAAAUCUCUUUUUCUUGCGAAAAUCUUGUUGUUUUGGGUGUUUACCUCCAAGAGUCAACCUUUCUCUCGUUAUUGGGGCUGGGGGACAGCGAGCGGUCGGGGUUGGAUUGGAUGGAAGAUGGCCGAACCUCCUCUCGUUCUCGUUCCGGUGAAAGAGAACAAGGCGUUGAAAUGCGCGUUUGCCGUGGUUGGGAUCAUGAGCACUCUCGUCAUAUAUGGGGUCCUCCAGGAAAAGAUCAUGAGAGUUCCAUAUGGCGAAAACAAAGAGUACUUUAAAUACUCACUCUUUCUUGUUUUUUGCAACCGUAUUACAACAUCUGCAGUAUCUGGAGCCAUAUUACUGGCAAGUAAGAAAUCCUUGGAUCCUGCUGCUCCACUCUAUAAAUACUGUGGAGUGUCAAUAUCUAACAUACUGACCACAACAUGUCAGUAUGAGGCCCUGAAAUAUGUAAGCUUCCCAGUUCAGACACUUGCUAAAUGUGCAAAAAUGAUACCUGUGAUGGUUUGGAGUACUCUUAUAAUGCAGAAGAGAUAUAAUGGGAAAGACUAUAUGUUUGCUGUUCUAGUUACAGUUGGCUGUACAUUAUUCAUUCUAUAUCCGGCAUCAGCUGACAUUAGUCCAUACAAUACAGGAAGAGAAAGCACUGGUUGGGGAGUUUUGCUUAUGAUUGGUUAUCUUGGAUUUGAUGGCUUUACAAGCACGUUCCAAGACAAACUUUUUAAGGGUUAUGACAUGGAAAUCCAUAACCAAAUAUUCUACACGACAAUGUGUUCUUGUCUUUUCAGCUUAACUGGACUUCUCGUACAGGGUCAUCUUAUGGCUGCAGUAGAUUUUAUACUUCGUCAUCAAGAUUGCUUCUAUGAUGUUGCAAUUCUAUCCACUGUAGCGACAGCCAGUCAGUUCUUUAUUUCCUUUACAAUCCGAACAUUUGGGGCUCUUACAUUUGCUACCAUAAUGACAACAAGACAGUUGGUGAGCAUAUUGCUGUCGUGUGUUUGGUUUUCUCAUCCCCUAGGUUGGAUACAAUGGAUUGGAGCUGCCAUCGUCUUUGGAGCUCUUUACACGAAAAGCUUCUUAAAAAGCACACCGCACAAGCCAGGGAAUGGUUUGGAUGCAAAUUCAGCAACGAACAGUUCAUGACACUGGAACUUCAAGUGGUUUUCUUCUGCAUGGGAAAAUCUUUGAUAUUUUCAUAAUUCUAUCUAAAUUCUAUGAAUUUCCUCAUCAUGUUUGCUACCUACCCAUUGGCGUUGGUAGACAGGAUUAUGAAGAGAUGGAGAAAGGAUCCACUAUAUUUGAUCUUUCGGUUUACAGGAAGAAUUUCAUUUCUGAUAGGAUGAACCAGGUAGGUGGAAAUAGGGUGCAACAAGAAAACGAAGAACUUGGUAGCCCAGAUACAUGCAAUGCUUUCAGGUGUAGAAAAUAUAGGAAAACAUGGUGGUGUUUCCAUGUAAGAUAGGAUUUUUUUUCCUUUUCAUUAUAAGAUAUACAUUUUAUACGUGAAAAAAAAAACAACCAAAUGGUGUCUGUUUUAUUUCAUCAAAAAAAUCUGAUUUCCAUGAUUCGAUAAUUUAUAGAAAACUGCAAUGACUAUGCACAA